AUGUCUGUCCCCGGCAUCAUCCAAAGGCUACCGGAAAAUCCGUCGGCAAGCCCGGCCGCUAAUGUUAGGCAACAUCGGCCCGCGGACGUCGACCUCACACGGGAUGCCCGCUUUUCUGCGCCCCCGUGCGAGACGUGGGGGCCGGCGCUAGGGGGCGGGGACGCCGAAAUGAGGGCGCUGCUCGUUCAUCUUCAGAGCGAGUUGGCGCAUCCAGCGGCUAACCGGCGUCCCACGUGGCAGCCGCAGCCGUCUGAGGCGAUGCAUCCGGUUCGUCCGCUGGACGCGCAUGGUGGGCGAGCACGAGCGCUGGCGGCAACACGGGACAUGAUGAGCACAGCGUCCGUGUCUGUGAUUUUAGAGACAGUCCUUGAGUGGCCUGCCGCAUGGAGCAGCUAG